CAGAAAUUAAAGAUGAGUGAUUUUGGAGAAAUAAAGUUCCAGCCACGGAAAACCAAGAAUUAUAGAGAUUCAAAAGCCAUCUGUAACAAUUUUGACAAAAUUUAUGAUACAAGUCAUAAAUACUACAAGUUCUUCACGCCUAGUUCGACAAAGAUGACUUCUAGGAAAUCUAGGCAAUCUUCGAUGUAUUCUAAUAGAACCGAUAAUAAAUUAAGAAAAAGGAAGGAUUACUGCAAAUUCUUUACAAGAAAAGACAAUCCCAACCGUAGAGCCAAACCAGCAUUUACUAACAUGAAGUGAGUUAAGCCUAGCAAGGAGCUUGGUAUAAAAUAGAAGGAGAGAGGAACGAUUCAACCAUAAAACAAUCUACAAUAACAUUAGAAAAGACGAUAAAUUUAAAGCUCCAAAUACCCCUUCAGUUAAUAAAUGCAGCCUCAGAAGAGGAAGGAUGAUACCUUACAACUACCAGUGCUCACAAUCUUUCAGGGAGAGUCGCAAGAGAUCUGUGAGUUCUAACAAUAGUUUAUUUCAAAACGAGACCAACUUGUCGAUGGAUCACUCAAAUUUUGGAAGAUGCAUGAGGCGCACUCUGAGAGCAGGGAAAGAUAACAAGAGAGAAAUUCCAAAAGUGAUUCUUUUACCACAGGAAAUAUCGCAUGCUGUUGAAUCCCCAAAGAAGACUUUGACUAGUUCUUCACAAGCAAGGUCUCAGUUUGUAUUUAAGAUGAAGGAGGUAGUAAGUUCGUUGGCUAGUUCAGAAAAAUACUCCUCUAAUCAGCAUACAAACCGAGCUAAAUCUCCAACAGCCAGAGUUGAUUCUGGUUCUAAAAAUAAAAUUUCUGAAUUUUGAGGAAACAAAAAGAUUUUUGGGACCACUAACGAGCCUCUCUGUGCAUCAGGUAAGAAGUAUUUCAAGACACAAGAUAAGCAGGAAAAGCUUGAUAAGCAAGAAAAGCCUGAUGAGCAGGAUAUGGAAUCUUCUGCAUGUAUAUCAUUUCCUCCUGCCUCUAAUUAUACGAAAAAGAAUGAGAUAGAAGAGCGUAUAAUAUCUAGUAAAAUAAGUAACGAAUUUUCUGAACUACCAAUGGACGAGCACUCUCCUGAUGAUUUUAGGAGGUCAAUUAGUCUGCACCAGCCAAGACAGAAAAAGUUUAUGAACAAGAUUUCAAUGCCUAAUAAAAUGCCCAAGCCUCAGGAGAGUUCUGAACCCAAGGGACCUAAAUAUAGAAUGGGAAUGAUCCUCAUCAAAACUAUCCAGAAGUAUAAAAUGAGCGAGAAGAAACUUAUCAGUUUCUUUGAUAAGUUGAUCAGGAAGGUAGAGUUUCACAACCUUAUUCCCAUCCUAAACUCCUACUUGCCUCAAGAUGAUUCAGCAUGAAGGAAGAAUAAUUUCAAUAGCGGAUGUAGAAAGACGAAAAGUCCGACUUUAAUGACGCCUAUUCACAUGUUAAUCAUUCAGUCUAAAUAUCAUACGUUGCGGUAUUUAAUUGACAAGAACAAACAGUUCUUGGCACCACAGUCACCUCUUUCUCUACGUGGGGCGAAAAUGGCAUUCAAGUGCAUAAUUUCAACUUCUAAGGCAGAGCCACUGAACUUGUCAUUAUCUGAGCCAAGCCUGUACAAUCAGACGUUAGAAGAAUCAAUCAAUUUUUUGAAAGGAAUUGAUUUUAACAUCCCAUUUUCGUCUGCUAAAACGCCAACCUUACAUUUGAUUUACAAGCACUUUCAGAUAAGCAUUGCUGAAGAUUUAUGCUUACGUAUGGGUUUGAAUCCUUUUGAUCGGGAUAAUGGCAAGACCAUUGAUAUGCUCCCUAUUUAUACUAUGUAUGAAUUCCAGAAAGAAGAGAAAAAGGUGUGGAAGAAGUGACAGAAGAUGUAUUUGCGGAAGAGAUUUGGAAAGAAAGAAGUAAAAGUGGGAAAAGAGUUUAUUUAA